AUGUCCGAGGAGAAAAAGAUUGAAACAACUUCUGAGGUGGCUCCUCAGCCACCUACUUCUGCUGUCUUCUCAAUGUUUGGCGGCAAGAAAGCUGAAAAGAAGGAGGAAGAUACUAAAGAUGGAGAAGACGAAACAAAAGUUUCCAAGGACACUGAAAAAGCCACCAAAGAAGAAGAAGAGGCUCCUGAGUCGCCAGAUGUGCAUUUCGAGCCUGUUGUGACUUUGGAGAAAGUGGAUGUCAAGACCUUGGAAGAAGACGAAGAGGUACUAUUCAAGGUCAGAGCUAAACUUUUCAGAUACGAUUCCGAGAACAAAGAGUGGAAGGAGAGAGGCACAGGUGAUGUGAAGUUUUUGCAAAACAAGGAGACCAAGAAGGUUAGAUUAUUGAUGAGAAGAGACAAGACUUUGAAGGUUUGUGCCAACCACAUCAUCGCUCCAGAAUACGUCUUGGCACCAAACGUGGGUUCUGACAGAUCUUGGGUCUACACGUGUACUGCUGACGUUGCUGAGGGAGGCCCAGAAGCUUUCACUUUCGCCAUCAGAUUUGGUAACAAGGAGAACGCCGACAAGUUCAAGGCUGAGUUUGAAAAGGCACAAGGUAUCAACAAGAGCUAG